AUGCUGACGUGCCAAGCAGCCACGCACAGCGCCCACCGCGCUCCCACGCAACCCGUGCGACCAGUCCAGCACCUCCUGCUCCCCCGGGCCGGCGCCCCACGGCUCCGCCAGCAACGUCCCUGUGAGUCAGAGCGGAGCCUGGCACCGCCACGCUCGCGGGUGGAUGGAGUUUCUCUCGAGACGCUUUCCCGUAUCGAUUCCCUUUCGCAAUGCAGCCGUUUGCUGCGGCCUUUGGAUCCCGCUGGGAGAACCUGGCGCAGGAACGCCUUCGGGACAAGGGCAGCGACGCAGCAAAGUCCUCCAGGACUUGGCUCCAUACUCGGUUUUCCACCAACACCCAAACCGGAGAUAAAAGUCGCGUUUUCCAAAGGUGCCACCGGCCCGGCAAACAUUGGCAAACACUGGCAAACGUUGGCAAACACCGGCAAAUACCAGCGCUCCUUCUCCAGGGCAGGAUGGUCCCUCCUGCCUCCAACAGCUCAGGACACACCGCAGGUCCAGCGGGAUGGGCUCCAGCAUGGCUCAUCCCAGCCAGAGACCCAAUUCCAGCUGGACUUCACCCACCAUGAGAUGGCCUGGGAAGGCUGGUGGGAAGAGAUGGGAGGCAGGGGCUGGGGUGAGACGAGCGUGGCCCUGCCUGGAGCGCUGCCAGCGGUGUUCGAGGCAGCGGGGUUAAUCGAACACAAUAUUCUUCCCCCCCCCUCCGCUUCGGAAUAUAAAGGCAGUGAAACAGAAGCUGUGCGGGGAGAUAAGGCGGCAGCACCCGGCAGCUCAUAUGGAAUUACUGCAGUGACCUUGAGCGAGAGGCUGUCAGGCUGGGGCAGCGGCUCCGGGGAUGCCGACCCUCCCUGGUACCCGAGGCCGCGACGGAUGCGAUUUGGGGCCAAAGCCUUCCCGGGAAUGCUGUCCAGCCACUUUAGCAGGAAGACAGUACUUUACUGACACACGCCAAGCGCCUCUCGAUGCCCGGUCAAGACCCUGCACCCAGCUC